UCUAAACCUAGUUCCCUCAAGCCGAGCAACGUAGCUCUGUUAAGUAAACAAAAACUAUUGGUCGAGCUGUCUUGGUCCCGCCCCCGACUGCUCCGGUGCUGGGAGGAGGUCUUAAGACUGUGUGCGUCACAUUUCCCGCCGGCGCGCUUUCAAUUCUCUACAUCUGUUGGGGGCGGGGUGGUAAGGGAAAGGUAGGUAUAUAAGGGUCAUUUCUCCCUUUCGCUCUCACUUGCUGUUGGUUCGCUUCUUUGGAAGUCAUGUCUGGACGCGGUAAGGGCGGGAAGGGUUUGGGUAAGGGGGGUGCUAAGCGACACCGUAAGGUGUUACGAGACAACAUCCAAGGCAUCACCAAGCCGGCCAUCCGGCGCCUAGCCCGGCGUGGUGGAGUCAAGCGUAUCUCCGGUCUGAUUUACGAGGAGACUCGUGGGGUGCUCAAGGUGUUCUUGGAGAACGUGAUCCGGGACGCUGUAACAUACACGGAGCACGCCAAGCGCAAGACUGUCACAGCGAUGGAUGUCGUGUACGCCCUUAAACGCCAAGGACGGAGGGCGCCCGCCCGACUUUCCGCGGGUUUUCAGUCGCUCCAAAUGGCCCGUACUAAGCAGACAGCUCGCAAGUCCACCGGCGGGAAGGCGCCGCGUAAGCAGCUGGCCACCAAGGCGGCCCGCAAGAGCGCCCCGGCCACCGGCGGCGUGAAGAAGCCCCACCGCUACCGGCCUGGCACCGUGGCCUUGCGAGAGAUCCGCCGCUACCAGAAAUCGACCGAACUGCUGAUCCGCAAGUUGCCUUUCCAGCGCCUUGUGCGAGAGAUCGCGCAGGACUUCAAGACCGAUCUGCGUUUCCAGAGCUCGGCAGUGAUGGCGCUGCAGGAGGCCUGCGAGGCCUACCUGGUGGGCCUGUUUGAGGACACCAACCUGUGCGCCAUCCACGCCAAGCGAGUGACUAUCAUGCCCAAAGACAUCCAGCUGGCACGGCGCAUCCGUGGGGAAAGGGCAUAAAUCAAGCCUGUUUGCUUCUACUUGAAAAGGCUCUUUUCAGAGCCACCCACAGUUCCACUGAAAGUAGUUGUGACAGUUUUCUCAAUUACUGAGACAAAAUGCAGUCAAGUCUCGUUUGUUCCACGUUGAAGAAAGUAAUUGGUGAGUGCUUUAUGUUUGUGCACUACACUUGAAGGCGCUUUGCAUUGAGAGAGAUCCCUAUCUAUGUCAUAUGGGGUCUGGAGAGGUACAGGAAAUGGAGGCUAAAGAAAACUUUUAAUUAAGGGAAUUUCCCUUUGAGGCCUUUACAAACUUUUCUCUUUAGUUUACGAACACUUUUUUCCUGUUUAUUUGCAUUUGGUCAUACAGCCUUUAUAUGUGUAAAAAAGCACAGCCUUUAUAUGUGUAAAAAAGCCAUACUCAUCACAAAAUUGACAAAAAUAAGCAUUUUAUUAACUCAGACACUAUAGUAUAUAUUUUUUCUAUAUUUCUGACCAAAUACUCUGAUGCCAUCUUAAGAUAAUUAUUUUGUAAUGUUUUAUAGAUAGUGGAAAGAGAAAUUGGUCUUUCCUCCAGGGUGGUUGAUCAUAAUUUGUUUUAUUUUCUUGAUAAUUUAGAAGAGUUUCAGCUUUAAAACAUUAUUGGUUAUGUCAGGUUUUUAGGAUUGUUUUGAAAUUUGGAAAAUCCUGUCAAGCCUUUUAUUCAUAUGUGAGUCGUAAAAUGUGUAAGAAUUCUUCUCAGACUAGCUUCUUGCUCUACACAUUUCUACUCUACUAUGUACCCACUCUCAGUGUUGGGUGAGUAUUAUGAAUAUUUGGAUGUCAUGACGUUUUCUGGCCCAGCAUCUUGCCAGGAGUCUAGGUGAGUUUUUCCAGUGUGCAUUAGGAAUAUCUUUGAAGAAAUUCUUACAUCAGAUUGGCUAGCAACAAAUGAACCAAAUAUGAGCAUCUGUGCAAAUCACAUUAUAUAAUUUAUUAAUGCUACACUAAAUGCAUCUUCAACUAAAUUUUCUCUUAUCCAAAUCCCAACAUUUUCAUCAUUGUUGCAACAUAAUCAGACAAUGGGUAAUUGUAGAGAAGAUCAAGUGCAAAUAAAAUAAUGGUAUUAACCAUUUACUAAAAGUAUCUUAACAUGGCAAAUUGAAAAAAAAAAUACAGAGAGACAACACGAAUACAUUUGUAGAGCCCUUCCCUCCCAGGGCCUUGGAAAAGCACUUGACACUUGAAUUUCAUUAGCUUCAGGAUAAAUCUACCUCUGGCUAUGCUUUUCCAGAUUAUACAUGGCCUUCCCCAGCAUCUUGCAACUGUUCAAACACGACCCUAGAAGUGAGAAUCACUGGUCUGAGAUGACUCCCAGGCAUCUGAGGUAGAACACUGCUUUGGAUGAUGGUGCUGUUCUCAGAUAUACCAAGAGGAGAAAGCUUAGUGGGGAGGAUAAAAAGUCAACUUUAAGCAAUAUGAACAUUUUCAGGACCAAGGUGAAUUUUCUGGGACAACUUUGCAAGGUUUUAUAGCUCCUGUACUGAAUAUCACCUUCUUUUAGAGAGGUCUUCAUGGAAGGAAGGAGCAAUAAAACAAUGGAUUCAUUAGAGGAGUCAGCCUAAUUAGCUAUCAUUGAUAGUGUUCAAUGGGUCAAGUAGCAUGUGAAAUGAUUGGUCUCUCAGUCUCCAUUUUAUAGAAGACAAACUUCAGCCAAAGGAAUUUCAGUAAAUUGGCCAAAUUCAUACUACUAGCAAAUAAUAAUGCAAGGCAGGCAGUCUCACACCAAAUCUACACUCGUAGUAUCUUCUGAUCAAUAAAAUUACCCCCAAAUUGGCUGUCAGAUAUAAUUUCCUCCUCAAAGAUAAGUCUCUUUCAGAAAUUGAGCUGCCUUAGGUGGUUAGGAGGGGAUUGUGUAGCCUGGCCUGGGCUAAGUUCUGUUAGACUCCUCUGGUUAGGGGCCCAUGAGAGGUAAAGUGGGUAGGAUGAGCCAAUAAAACAUUAAGUCUUAGGAAUGCUCUCUGGGCUUCAGGAUUAAGUCAGAAAAAUUGUUUCCUUGGAAAUAUCUGGAUUCUGCUCCAGAGCAGGUAUUUGCUUGUGUUUCUUCCCAUAGUAUAAGAACUGUACUGCUCAAGAUGGUAGCCACUAGUCAUAUGUGGCUAUUAAGCACUUGAAAUGUGGCCAGUCCAAAUUAAAAUGUGCUUUAAGUGUAAAAUACAAACUAGAUUUCAAACACUUAGUACCAAUAAAUAAAUAAAUAAAAACUCAGUAUUUUAUAUUACUUAUUGAAACAAUAUCUGCUUAUGCUGAGCUAAAAAUAUUAAAAUAGAUUUAACUUGUUACUUUUUACUUUUUUUAAUUUGGUCACUAGAAACUUUGAAAUUACAUAUAUGGUUCUUACAUCAGCAGGGGACACUACUAGUAUGUGGAGAAUAAUUAUAUUGAUUCACAGAUUAGAAACUACCUACCUACAUCCUUAAUGUCACCAAGCCUUGGCUCUUCAUCUCUAAAAUGGGAAUAAUAAUGACACCUACCUCCAAGUGUGGUGACAAAAAUGUGUUUAGAAGUAAAUAUAGAGUAAUUAGGAAUAGUGCUUUGUAUGUUGUAAAUAAGUGCUCAAGAAAUACUAGCUCUCAAAGUUAUUGUUGCCACUGUACCCUAAAUCCCCAUUCUCUUCAGAAAUCCUCUAAUGAUGUAAUCCUGUUUUACACUGGGCCUGUUCAACUCUGGCAUGGAUUUUAACCACAAAGCCACCUUUUACAUUUCCCUCAGGCUUACAUAGCCAAAAUACCUAGAGCUUUGCCUAGGGAACUAGUAGGAUACUUAAUUUUUUAGCCAUGAGAUGAGAGCACUGUAUAUGAAAGUUUUGAAUAAUAUAAUAUAUUAUAAGAAGGAUUUGAUUUAAUUAUUACACUUCUAUCAUACAUGAACAAAUUCAUGAAUUUUCAUGGUUGAAUUAUCAGUCAGCUCUUUAUGCAAUAUUCACUGACAUUUUUGGCUAAUCAGCAGUGUUUAGGGAAGUAUUUGAAUAUAGUGUUGCUGUUUAGAGAACUAAAUGAAAAUUUGAAAUGAUACUAUCAAUAAUGUUAAAUAAAAUAUAGGUUUUGAAGAGAAUCAGAAUGUCAUCCCAAAAUACGUCACUUUGACAUAAGAAUUAUUUUCAGCUGAAGGCAAUUGAGAAUCAACAAAUAUAGGAAGAGUUUUCUGUCUUUACCUUACUCAACUAAAACUAAGACAUACAUUUCUCUUUUUGAAGGUUACAUAAAUUUCCCUUGUGAAAGUGUCCUUGUCUCCUAUACUGGGGAAAAGAGAACAAUUUUUAUCACUAGAGAUAGUCAGUUGACAUUGAGAUGAGUCUAUAAAAACAAACCUUACUAAAAUAAUUCUUAUCUUCCAUUAGAUUUGCCUGUAUAUUUCCAGUUACUUCACUAUAAUUUAUUGUCCUAUGAAGCCCAAACUGCCUUUCCUUUGCUAGGAUAGUAUAUAAAUAAGUCUCACAGUCUAACUGCUUUUUUAAAGAUUCACUUUUUGCUUCUGUGAGCUCUGUGCUUGUAAUAAAACUGUAUGCUUUUUUCUUCUAUUAAUCUGUCCUUUGACAUUUAAAUUCACAAGCCUCCAGUUACUAAACCUCUUUAAGAGGGUAGAGAAAAUAUUUUUCCACCUGACAGUUUCAUAAACUAAAUAAAAUUAAGACAAGAUUUUUUUGUGUCUUAAAGUAGCCAAUUUUUAAAUUCAAAUGAAUGGCUCAUUAGACCUAAGCCUGUCAACUAUAUGAACAAUUGUGAUAGAAUGAAACAAAACUAAAGAAUGUGCACAAAGCUGAGGAAACAUAUUGAAGACUGAAUCUAAAAGCUAGGUAACUGGAAAAUUUUACAGUUUUUAACUUUCUGUUAAUUUGGGGAAUAUGUUUCAUUUGAAAGGAGAAUACAUCUGUCAUUUAUGGAAAUAUGUUUACAGGAGACAUUCAAUCUCAGGAUUAAUGGUAAGUAUAUAAGUCCAAUGAAUAGCGACCCCAAAGGCUUUGAAGGAAAAUUAGAAACUCAGCUGGCUUCCCUUGGGUUGAUUCCUCUCCUGCCUAACUUUUGGAGUUGAUGUGAAAAUCAAGUAAAUGGGUACAAUUGAAAGUAUUUGAGGGAGAAAGGAACAAAGAAGUUCAUGGUACCAUUACUUUAAGCACUAAUUGUGACUAUAUUUGGAGAUAUUCUUAAUUAGGUCUCCAAGUUGCUGUAACUCGACCCAACCUGAGCUAAGGGAGGUAGCCCCCAUGCCAGGAUUUCGGAUGGCUCUAAGAACCAAGAACUCAGGAGAUGUCAGGAACCCAGAUAGAGCAGCUCUGUACAUUGCUCAUCUCUGCUUUUCUCUGUACUUUACCUUCAUUCUACUCCUUUUGCAUAUCAGAUCGUUUGGUUUCUUCUAUUUUGUGUCUAAGAAGGCACCCCACCCCCUGAAAUCAGGUCACUUCAGCUUAUCUAACUCAAUUCUAGUUUCUAGAAAAUUUUUGAUUGGCUCAAAUUGGCCCAAUGACCUCUGGACCAAUCUACCAUUGCUUAAGGCCAGGCACCCAUUAUCCUCAAAAUUUUAGUACACAAAACACAGUGCAUGUUAGGAAACACUAGCAUUCAAGCUUUGAACCCAAAAAAAACGAGGUCAGGAUGAGACCAAAGGGCAUUAUAGAGUUGUAUUGUCUUUAUCAUCUCUAUGAGCCGCAUAUGGUUAACAGUACUUGAAAUGGGCUACUAUAAACUGAGAUGUGCUAUAAGUGUAAAAUACAAAUGAGAUUUCAAGGACUUAAUAUGAGAA